AUGAUAUUGUCGCGAUUUAAGAUCCUCACUGCCGUAGUUGUGGUGGCACUCUACUUCCUCUUCUUCCGAUCGCCUACACCUCCACCCAGAGUAGCCCAGCGGCCUCGGAUUCAGCUCACAACAUGGCGCGACGGUAAGGGCCUGGCUGACAACGCGAAAGCAUCGGCGGUGCUUGGUGCCAUGGCCCACACCUUCAAGGGGUAUCACGAGAUGGCAUGGGGCAGCGACGGUGUUCGUCCCAUCAGUGGACGCAAAAGAGACGACCGGAAUGGCUGGGGCUGCUUCAUCGUCGACUCGGCGACUACCCUCGCGCUCAUGGGUAUGUGGGACGAACUGGAGCUGUCCAUACAGUUCAUCAAGGAGAUCGACUUCAGUCACCCGAAAGGGCUCGUAGAUCCUUUCGAAACGACAAUCCGAUACCUGGGUGGACUAGUGUCGCUCGUGGAUCUGAUCGACAUAGGCAUCGUGCCCGACCAUGUCGCAAGCAUGGAGGAUCGCGAAAGCAUCUUGCAGCAAGCUGUUGCCCUCACCGAGAAGCUAAGGCCCGCGUACGACACUCCCACGGGUAUGCCCUACCCUCGGGUGAACUUCAAAAGCAACAAAGGAGAGCCAGAUCCCCCGGUCGUCUACAUCAAAGACCCCACCAAAAUCAAAUACGACCAUCCCGCCAUUGGACCCGCGCGUGCCGGAAGCAAUAUCCUUGAACACCGCGCUCUCACGCGGUUGACACGCGACAAGUCCUACGCCGCCACCUCAUUGCGUGCAUGGCGGUCUCUCGUCUGGAACCCCCUUCCCGAGCCCUUCCCCGGCAUGGUGGACGCACCCAUGGAUAUCGUAACGGGAAUCCACGUCGGCAAGGACCGUCACUGGGACGCCGGCCACGACAGCUACUACGAGUACCUGAUCAAAGAAGCGAUCCUCGCGCCACAGGACGAGCAUUCCAAGCACUACGAACACCGAUGGCACGACGCGGCGCUCUCGCUCCGAGCGAAUUUGAGCAGCCGCUCGGCUCAUGCGCCACUCAAAAAUGAAGACAGCUACCUUAUGCUGCACCAGUUCAUCGGGAAGUACCUAGACGGCGAAGUGGUAAACGAGAUGUCGCACCUAGCACAUUUCGCGCCGGGCAAUCUGCUGCUAGGUGGCAGAUGGCUCUCAGCGCCUAAUCUGAUCACCUUCGGCCAGGCCCUCCUAGAAGGCUGCAGACACACCUACAAUGCCACCACCACAGGCGUCGGUCCGGAGAAGUGGGCCUGGACGCCGGCUCUCUCUUCGGCCAAGGGAUUCCUCGAAAAGUCCGCUGCGCGUUAUCCCGAAGAUCUGGAGAAUCAGGAUCAUCUGCAGAGGACGGGCUUCUGGGUUGCGAACCCCAAGUAUAAACUCCGUCCCGAGUAUGUAGAGAGCUUGUUCUACGCGUGGCGCAUCACGGGCGAGCAGCGCUACCGCGACUGGGCGUGGGACGCGUUCCAGGCUAUCGAUCGGCAGUGUAGGACGAAGUACGGAUAUGCGUCGCUUGCUGAUGUGCGGGUGGAAGUGGGCAAUGAUUUGGACGAGAAGGUGCAGGUGCAGGGAGGACUCAUCGAUGAGGAGGAGUCGUUUUGGGCGGGGGAGACACUGAAAUAUUUGUAUUUGAUCUUUGCAGACGUUCGAUUGGGGAGUUUGGAUCAGUUUGUGUAUACUACUGAGGGGCAUCCUUUGAGGAUUGUUGAUUAAGACACCUUACGAGAAGGAUAACACGAGAGGAAGUUGGAGGUUGGAUAAUGUCUGGUGUAAACAAGAAUGCAUAUGGACGUAUGAAUACUGGUUUAUAAUG